AUGUCAGGGAACAGCCUCCCACCGGUGAGCCACCUGCCGCACUGGACCCGGGUCGGGCGUCCCGGGAAACCGCGACAUGUACCGGCGGUGAACCAUCACCUCCACCCCCACCACCUCCACCACCUGCAGCCCCUACCCGGUGUCCCGUCAGUCCAGAGGGGAGCGGGGCGAGCGGAGGAGCUGCCCGGUCACAGCGACCCGGACCCCCGCGUCGUCUCUCUGGAGAAGAACAUCCAGUUCCUGCAGCGGCAGCACAAGGAGACGCUGGAGAGGCUGCAUGCGGAGAUCGAGUAUCUCAGACGGGAGAAUAAAGAGUUGCAGUAUAAGAUGAUAAUGGAGCCUCCCAAGUCGAGUAGAAAAGGACCGACACAUAGUCGACGCAUCGUUCGACCACUAACUCAGGGAAGAGAAGCUCAGACAGGACUCUACCUGGAGGAGCAGCUACAGGACACGCGACCAUCACAGGACCAGGCACUAAGAAGCACAGCAGAGGGCAGUGAAUUGCUGGGAUCCACCCGGCAGGACCACGGCCCAGAGGUGAGGGGCGGGCUCAUCACUUCAUUACAGCCUCUACGGAUUCACAGAAGCCCCUCCCAUCCGCCGCGUGCUCCCACAAUACAGGAGUGUGAGGUUAUCAUCCGCCAGCUCUACAACGCUAACAGUCUACAGUCUCAGGAAAUUAUACGUGUGAAGUCUCUGCUGAGAGAUAUUGUCUUGAGUAAGAAGAUCACGCCAGAGAACUACAUUCUGACCAAGGCCUACCUCGUUGAUGGCACUCGCAAAUUAUCUGAAGAAAAGAAAUUUCCAAAACUCACUCUUCAGACGUAUCCAGGAAAAAUGUCUGAACCCUCCCACUCUGGCGUUGUCCUCCCAGCACUCAAACAGAGCCUCAGCUCCACCAUCGCAGAAAGACAGAGGAGAACUCGUGCCGUGCAGAGAGACCGCUUUAAAAGGACUGUGCAUUGACCGGAUCAAAACCACCACAGCAUCAGCAACGUCAUCCUCAGGGCUGGGGUUUUCUCGAUCCUUCUAAAACAAACCUUCCUAUCCAGCGAUGCAAUGAUUGCACAAUUAGUGUAUGUAUAUGGAAAUGUACUCGUAUGUUACAGGUAAUAUAAAGAAAAACAAAAUGACUAAAAAGCUUUUAGUUCUGCAGACAAAAGAGGAGAAAGAAUGUCUCAAUUCUAGAUUUGUACUGGAGAUUAUUUAUGUAUUUAUGUAUUCAUUUUCACCAAACAAUGACCACAUCUGUGGCCGCUCAUUUAAACUAAGUCAGAUGCUAGUUUAGGUUUAUUUGGGUUUUCACUGCACAUUUGCUCUAAUUCUGCCAAAUUCGUGGCAGAAAUACUGUAUUCCUAAUACCAGUAUGGAACCGAUGACUUGUCACUUUUAAAACAGCUUAAAAGUAUUAAAAACAGUGCAAACAACCAAAGUAUAAAACCUCCAUGUGUAGUUAAUGAGACGUGAAACUCACAGUCUUAUUUCUCCAGUGUUUUUGUACUGGUCACCACUGUAUGUUUAGUAGUGUCAAGUCCUGACUGGGCAGAUAUCACCAGUCAUAUACCUGCUGCUGAACUGAGGAAGA